AUGACUGAUGUGACCACGAACUUGGGACAACGCCUGAUAGAAGUGGAGAAAGAACACACAAAUCUUCAACAAGAGAUGGAGGUGGUACGGGAGACAACACACAAAGAAAUAUUAGAAGUAAGUGACAGAGUGAAGGCCCUUGAAGACUGCUUGGCUGGAAACGGACAACCAGUGCCUGCAGGGGCUAGUUGUACCCAAGAUGCUUCUCCUACGCAAGUCCGGGGUAGUUUGAGCCCUGUUUCGCCUGAGUUUAUCCCCGCAAGAAGUUCCGCCAGCCCCAUGAGUCUGCUGGGUUCGCCUGUUAGAAAGAAGCCUCAGGAGUUUGAUGGCAAGGUCUCCUGGGAGGCUUACCGCGCUCAGUUUGAGCUGUUGGCAGCUCGGAACGGAUGGGAUGACCAAGAGAGCGCGGUACAGCUGGCCACUAGCCUGAAAGGGGCGGCGCUGGAGGUCCUUGCUCAGCUCGACAAAGCGACAAAGGGCAGCUACAGCGGGCUGGCACAGGCGUUGGAGCAACGAUAUGGGACCAAGCACCAGAACGAGCUCUUCAGGGUUAGGUUCAGAACCCGCAACAGGAAGCGCGGCGAGUCUCUUCAGGAACUCGCUCAUGACCUUGAGAGCAUGGCGCACAAGGUAUACCCAGGUGCCACCCCUGACCUGCUGACGGUUUUGCUGCGUGAUCAAUUCAUCGAUGCCCUGGACAGCCCUCAGCUGAAGAUACAAGUGAACCAAGCUAAGCCAACAUCAAUGCAGGAAGCUCUGGCACGUGCCAUGGAGUUUGAGUCCCUUGUUAGGUCUAGCUUGUCAAGCUUCAGGGACGACUCGACUUCUGGCUUUAGGGCACGAAAGGGCGCUGUCAGCGACACAGACAGGUUCCAAGGAACGUGCUGGUACUGCGAGAAGGUUGGGCACAAGGAGAACGAAUGCUAUAAGAAGAAGAAGGAAUAUGAAGGUGGCGCUAAGAAGAAGCCCAGAGAAGGACCCAAGUGCUGGACCUGUGGAGAAAAGGGGCACUGGAAGAAUGAGUGUCGGAAAAAUGUGCCCCCAACGAGGGCCACCACUCGGGAAACUAAGAAGGACUGGUUCACGGGGGGAACGACCAGUCUGUCCUGUACAUGCCCCGAAGAUAUCAGUGUGCAGGAGAAUCACCAUGACAAGCUGCCAAGUGGAGGGCAAGGUUGACGGAGUAUUGUGGCCUGUGGUCGUCGACACAGGCUCGGAACGCACAUUGGUGUGGCCUGACGUGGUGAGUCAUCGUCGGCUUCCUAAGACGCCGCAUCGACUGUGCGGAGUCACAGGACACUACGCAGAGCUCAGAGGCCCAGUGGACGUGAAGUAUGAGCUCGGAGGAAAGGAAGAGCUCCUCUCUGUGUACGUGGCCGACAUGGACGACCCCUGCAUCCUAGGUAUGGAUUAUCUUGUCUCCCACAGGUGCGAGCUGGACUUCCGCGCUAAGCAGCUGACUGUAGGAGGAAGGAGGGUGCCACUGACGACUGUGAACAAGGAAGACCUGCCAGUGACGGUCAAGCGCACCACCAUUAUUCCUCCGAGGUCGGAGAUGCUGUUACCCUGUCAAAUUACGGGUGCCCCCCCGGCUAGCCUGUGUGUGGUAGAGAGUGGAAGUCGAUGCCCGGUAGAAAACGGGGUGAUUGUAGGCAGUACUUUGGUAGACCCUGCUGCAGCGGAAGUGCCUGUCGUCGUGGCCAAUGUCUCCUUCAGCCCAAAGAAAAUAAAACAAGGGACCAUGGUGGGGUUGUGCCAAGAGAUCGACCAGAAACCAAGAACCUGUGUCUGCAGGAGAACCCUGACGAAGCCCCAGGAGGAGCUGCCCGACUACCUGCGCGACCUGUUUGACAGGAGCUCCAAGUGUCGAGAGGAGCCCCAAGUGGAAUAGCUCAGGGAGCUUCUCGUGAGGAAUGCAGAUGUGUUUUCCACAGGAGACCUGGACUUGGGGUGUACGGACCUGGUAGAGCACCACAUCGACACAGGUAGCCACCGCCCAGUGAAGCAAGCUCCUCGAGGGAUGGCACCAGCCCGUCGCAAGGAGAUGGAUGAGGUGAUGGAUGAUCUCCGGCAACAGGGGUUAAUCGAGCGGUCCAGCAGCCCGUGGGCGUCUGCUGUAGUGCUCGUCAGGAAAAAGGACGGUUCCCUCAGGUGCUGCGUGGACUACCGAGCCCUCAACGAUCUCACCAUCAAGGAUUCAUACCCACUCCCACGGAUCGACGACACGCUCGACGCUUUGGUGGGCUCCAAGUGGUUUUCAACACUAGAUAUGAAGUCUGGGUACCACCAAGUCAAAAUGUCGG